AUGUGCCAACCAAAUCAUCCGGAGGUGGACAAAGAGGCGGCUAGACAUGCGCUUAUCAAAGCCACAACGGUGACCAUGGAGCCUGUUCCCGUUAUCGACGACAACGGGUACAUGUGCGUCGACCCACCCGUGGACAUCCGAAGAGAGCUACUCGACCACAAACAAAAUUUCGUAGUGCUGGAGCAUGACAUACAGGUUCUUACGGCCAAGAUCGAGUAUCUGGCCAUCAGCAAACGCGUGACGUCGGAGCAGCUGGACGCAGGAGUGCGCCAACACCUCGGUGCCGUGGCCGAAACGUUGGUGCCGACGGCGACUCCACGGAAGCAGGCCACGGACGGAAGUGGCCAGAUAGAGAGCGCGAGGACUCCUCAGCCUCGUGCACUGGCGGCAGUGCCUGCAAUCUCUCCCUGCCCUGCACCGCGCACACCUGUCACCAAAGAUGGCGUGGUACCUGCCGACGAAGCGACACUUGCUGUGGUCCGGCAUCAAGAGCGCGGCCACCUUGCACUGGCCUUGCGCAGCCGCGCCUCGACUCCCGUGCCUGCCGCUCCAGGUAACCCCGGAAGGGCCGCAAGCAGCGGAAGGACGGGAGUUAUGUGGAACGCAGCGAAGCAGAGCUGCACGGUGCAGCUGUCCGACGGGGAGAGGCAGGCGCUAGCCGGCUGCACUGAGGAGAGCCUAAGGCUUCUCAUGAAGUACAGGCGCUGGAACAGAUGGAAGGAGUGGAGAGCCGCUCUGGAGGGUCUAGAUGAUGCCCAGCCGCCCGAGGCCCGUUCGCGGCGAAAGGGGCGGGUCUCCCGAGUCAUGCAUGACGUGGAGGAGGUGGAGGCGACCACGCCCGCUACACAGGACCACCCUAUGGCUGAAGAACCUGAGGAUCCACACGAGGAGUCCGUUGACGAUGAUGUUGUAUAUGAACCAGAGGGCGAUGGCAUAGAGGAUGAGGAUGACUGGGAGGAGGUCAACCAUGAUGACACUGCUGCAUGA